AUGAAGCUUGGAAUAUAUGAAGUAGGAUUUCUACAAACAGACCUUAAAAUAAAUUUUAAACAAUUGUAACCAUUUUAGUAAUGGCAAUUUUUGGGAUAAAAUUAUUUAUCUACAAUGUUGAUUGCUAUGCUUGAUUUUUUUAUUGCAAAUAAAAAAACCAAAGCUAUUGAGUAAUUAGCAUAACCUAGAUCAAGUUAUCAAAAUCAAGAUUCAAUUUAGAUUGCUAGAUUUAUUUAUUGCCUGUUUACAAACUAAAUUAAUACAAAAGAAUUUUUCAUUUAAUUAAAAAAUAUAGACAACAAUAAUACGAAAUGUGGAAAAUUAUUAGAGGAAUUUUGCGAUAUUUAAGGAAUAAAUAAAUCAAAAUAAGAUGUAAAUAUAAUGAUGUAAAAUAUUUCAAACUUCUUUUAACUUUAAAUUAAUUUAAUUGGACAGCGCUAAAUUGGUUAAUCUAAUAAAUCAUAAAUAUUCAUUUAUUAAGGAUCAAAUGGGUUUUAUUUAAUUAAAUAAACAAACCCUAUAAUUUAGUAUAUAAAUUCACCCCAAUAACAAUGUUAAAGAUGUUUGAUAAAGUUUGAUGACUAUUUUAUAAAUUCUAAUUGCCUUCAUAUAAUUUGUUAUAAAUGUUUAAGUGAAAAAGCUAAAAAGAGUAAUUAAAAUGAAUACAUUUAGUGCAUCAAUAAUUGUAAGGAGAAAAUUGAAAUAAAAAAUUUUUAAUAAUAUAUCAAAUAAGAUUAAACUAAAUAAAGUUUGGAACAAUCACAAAAAUUAUCAAAGUCUUAAUAAUUUGGUAUAGAUAAUACUUAAGCUUAACCUGUUAAUUAUUAGAAUUAAAAUUAAGUAAAAAAUAAUAAUCUUGUUAAUUCAUAAUCAUUAAUAUGUAAUUAUUGUUAUAAAACCUAAAACAAACCAUUAUAUAUUAAUAAAUCUUGUAACCAUAGAUUUUGCAUAGAUUGCUUUUAUUAAACCAUUACUUGUAAAGUAUAAAUAUGUGCAGUCAAAAGUUGUUAGAAAAUAAUUGAUGAUUCUCUCAUCUAAUAAAGAAUUUAAUUAUAAAAUGACAUUUAAAAAAAUUAAAAACCUAUCUAAACUUCGAAUUAGCAAAUGGCAAAAUGUAGUAAAUGUAAGAAUGGAUAUAGUCAAAAGUAAUUAUAUAAAGACAAUGGAUGUUAGCAUUUAGUUUGUUUUUAAUGCAUACAAUAAUAGAUUUAAAAGUAAAUGUAGAAUGACUAAAAAUUAUAUUUAGUGAGAUGUCCUUGUUGCCAUAAUUUAUUUGGUUAUGAUUUUGAAAAAUAUUAUGAUCAAUAACAAUUAUAAUUAGUAUAAGAGAACAUAAAAUAUGAUGAAUUAUUUUAGAAGGAAUAAGAAGAAAGAUAACUAUUGGAAAAAAUAUAAUUUUAAGUUUUUGAUUAAGAAAUAUAAGAAAAAUAGGAAUAAUAAGAAAAAUAAGAAUAAAUGUAGAACUUUGAUAAAGCUACAAGUUAAAAAGUUGAAAGAUAUCCUUCGAGAUUUAUUGUUUCUUAAUAAUAGUAAUAAUUAUAAUAAAAUAAUGAAUAAUAAAAUAAUUCUUCAUCAGUAAAAAAUCUUUUAUAAUCAGCAACGGAUAAAAAGAUUCAAGAAGAGAAUAAACAAAAAUUUGAAGUAGGAGAAUGCACAAUGUGUUAAACAAACUUUUCGCAAUAUAAUAUUAGAUAAUAAAUUGAUUGCGAAUAACAUAAAAUUGGAGUCUGUUGUUCUAUAAAAUUUAAAAAAUGUCCUUAAUGUGAACAAAAAAGGGUAAAUUCUUCGAUGAUCAGAGUAAAACGUACUAUUUUAAAUCAUAAUUAGCAAGACUGAUUUUACAAACCUUCAUCUAGAAAGUCGAAUUGUUUAAUCAGUCGAAUUUAUAUAAUACCUCAUCGAUACAAUAUAAUUAUGGAAUUGCAGAUGAUUACUCUAGAAUUAAUUCUAGAGCUAAUGUUGGCUAAUCUCAAAUUAAAUAAUAAUUAAGAAAUAGUACUAUGGAUAAUAAUAUUAUCAGAAGUUAGGCUGUCCCAUAAAGUAAAAUGAUGAAUAAUAAUUAAGGAGUAAGAUAUAAAUAUUGA